AUGGAUAUUGAAGCCCGUGAGGUUUUGCAUGAUGAGCAGACGAGUGAUUGUAGGAGUUUUGGCAGCAAUAUCCGUCUCUCCAGCCAGACAAGGAAAAUUUCUGUAGGAGUCAUCGCAGAUUCAAAAAGUAGCACAAGAAAUGGAGUCACGAUAGGGGACGGGGUUGUCGUGCCAAAUACAGAAAGAGUAAUCUCUAAUGUGGGAAAUUGCCCCGGAGAAAAAAGCGAAGCUGAAGGAGUAACACCUUCCUUUAAUAUAAAGCAUUCUGGAGGUCCACGAGAGCUUAAGUGUUCUUGGAUCUCCAAAUCCUUUUACCAAAGAACACCUACUUCUGAGGCCAUUCUUCAAGCCAAUCAAGCCUCUAGUUUAUUAGUCUCUCCAGGUGGUGGGGACGAGCCUAAUGGAAUUGACCGUGCUGCGGGGAAACAUUCGGUUCAUCUUUUCUCGUAUCAGACUUCAAUUUUAAAUUCUAAUAAUUACAAAAAGUUUGAUGCGGACGCUGCCAGAAUGAAGGGAAGGAAGGACAAGUCUACUGAAAAGGUAAAGGAAUUUACAUUUGCCACUGCACAAAAAGUCUUCGAGUCUGACAAAACGGACGCAGAAGACAAAAUAAAUAGAACAGAAAACAGAACCGAGAAUUUGAGGAUGAAGCUUUGCCAAAUAUUGGGGACCACUUCUUCACAUAAGAGUCGGCAUUCAGGUUCUCCCGCACGUAACAAGGAUGAGGAAACUUUGCCGCUUGAGCAGCGUUUGAACCAGAAGGAAAACAAAUCUGCUAAAACCAUACAAAAUUCAGACACUAUAGAAACUGAUUCUGAAAAUCCUGAUCACACUCUUAAGAGGCCAAUAACACGUUCUUGGAGCAGAAAGAAAGUGUCUUCCAGAAAGCAACUGGGAAAAGGUAGGAGUGGCCCAUAUUCAAAAACCAUGGAGAAGCAUGGAGAAAAACGUAUAUUCUCUUUCGCAGAAAAACGGAUUGGGAUGCAAGAUGCUUUUCCAAAUGAUGGUUCCUUGAAGAAAAAGAAUCAACGAAAGAAUUCCAAAAUUGGGAAAAAUAAGAUCUGCGUAGUUGAAAAUGACACCGCAGAUAAACUUCAUCAACAAACUUCUAAGACUGAUCUACCACUGCAUGACCAGACAACAUUUUCACUUGGGAAGAUAUCAGGGGAUUUUAUUGGUUACGUACCUGAAUAUCAGACAAAAUGCCCUCAGACAGAGAAAAUAAGCCAAGAAAAAGAAUUUUACCAGCCACCAAUUGUAAAUACAGAUCAGCAUGGAGAACUUGAGGUUUCAGAAAAUGGAAACCAGCAAGAAUAUAGAAGUUAUCCAGUAAUUAAGAAUGUUGCUGCUAAGUCACAAGAUGAUUUUCCAAGUCCUACAUUUCAACUUAAGACACCGAUUUUAAGUUUUUCUCCUAGCUCAACACCAAAUACAGGCCGAAAGGAAAAUGAUGUUAGUAGUCCGGCAUCAACUGAAAGAACAUUUUCUCUUGGAAGCAUUCCUAGUUUAAGAAAUCUCCAGGCUUCAGAGCCAGACCUCAAUAGGCUAGGAGAAGAAAAGCAACCUUCUGUAUCCUUAUCACACCAAAGGACUCAACUUGAUAAUUUUGAGCGUUUUAGAACUGAACUGGAUAUAUUUCAGGAUCUUGAAGAGCUCAAGUCUUUUAUACCCAGAAAAGACAAAUCUUCUGAGACGGAGAAAAAAGAGCAGGGUGGUUUAUCUGAUUCAUCUUCUGAAGAAUUAAACUUUCAAGGAUAUCAUGAAGGUUCAAGCGUAAAACGUGCUUCAGAGAGGAAAAAUUUUGCUCUUCAUCCUAUUAAAAGGCUGUGCAAGCACGAAGGCAGUAAAUUUAACGAUAGGAGCCCAGCUUCAGUGUCUUCAAAAGGCAGGACAGGAGACAUUGAUUGGAUUGAUGAAGCUUCUGAGCAGAAUCAAGAUGGGUUUGUAAGAGCUGUUGAACUGUUGGCGUUGGAAUUGGGCAAACUUCAGAGCAAACUUAAGUCAAUGACAAGUCAGAAAUCCUCAGAAAUUUUGAAGUCUGUUGCGGAAGAAAUACACCUGCAGCUGCAGAAUGUUCAUUCCCAGAUCCAGACAGAUAUGGGAAAGCUUACAAAUUUCAGUAAAUCAAAGAGAAAACGGCUGGACACUAGAUUUGAAGUUCAAGUUUCGAAACCUUCUAGAGUUUUUUCUAAGGAGAGAGUUCCAGCUCCAGCAAUAAGAUUCAAGGAAGAGGUUAAUCAGCAUCUACAGGAUUGCAGAAGCACUGUUGAAGAUCUUGAAGCAGAUCAGAUAGAGAUCAAGAGAGCCAUGGAAAAGCAAAGAGUAGCACAUAAGAAGCUUCUGUCGCAAGUUGAAGAAGCAAUGCGGAUCCAACUUGAUGAUGCUCAAAGGAAAAUCAGAGUCACCCAGGAGGCAAAUUGGUGGAUUGCCAACCAUUUGGAUUAUGCUUGUUGGGCAGAGAUCCUCACCAGCCAAAUCACCAUGCAGCCAUCUUAG